UGUUGUCACUCAUACAUCCCAUACCAGUGGAAGUCUUUGUCAGAGGCAGGAAACUGGGGGAGAACAGAAUAGUACAGCUGCCAACUCUCCUUCUGGAUGUAACAGGAAAAACAAAAAGAGAACUGCAACAACCACGAGACAAUCAACAGAAGCUCCAGGAAAUAACAGGGGCACCCCGGAGGCUGGUAGAGGGAGUGCAGCGAGGCCCGCAAAAACAACAGGAAGUAGAGCAGAGACAGAUGGAACUGUUUUAUUCAGACAGUCAGCAGUGGCAUCUGUGAUUGGUGACGGAGGAACCACAAAAAUCACCGUAGUCCCAGAUCAGAAGACACUCCAUUACCCAUAAAGCCAGUGUCUGGUGAAGGGAAGUGUGCUCACAGGAAGGCAGUGGCCUGCCACCACCAUCGUGGAAAAACAGGAAGGAGAGAGAGGAGUGAGAAGCUGGCCUGCUGAUACAUGAGUGAGUUGACAGCAGCAGUGACACAGACAGAAAAGGGAGCUACUGAGAGUCUUCCCGCAGAAGAAGCUAAAGUGAACUUUGCUCUGGAAUCAGCUGCAGGGAGGACAGGUUCCAUGGGUCAGGAACAAUCCCAGGAUCCCCAGGAAAGCCAGCCAGACCAAGAGCAGCCAAGCCAACUUGACACCAUGAACAACACUCCUCAGGCUGGCAGGAGGACCAGCCCCACGUCUUCAGACAAAGAAAGAAAAACUUGGAAAGGGCUGUGGCAGGAUGGAGGCUGGAUUGGAAGCAGAAUGGGAUCUGCCCCACAUGAACCUGAAACUGUGGUCAAAACCAUCUGGUAUCAGGGUGAAAGCGUAGACCAGGAUGCCAAUGAAGACUGGAACAGAAAGGAAGUAAACUCCCAGUCAGUUUGGUAUGACAGUGAAACAACGGAUCAGAAAAAACAGGAACAGCCGGAGCAGGGAAUGAGAAAGCAGAAAACAUGUGAUUUGAGCUUAGCCCAAGCUUCUGGUCUUAGUUCUCCACAGCUGUUAGAACAGGAUCUUACUUCUUAUCAACUGUCUGCAGCUCUUAGUCAGCCACAUGCUGCUGGAACACAGCCAGCACUGUCACAUGGGCCUGGUCCACAAAGACGGGAAGUACAUGGACCACAGCGUGAGGAGGAAGUAAGGCCAGAUUGGAAGGAGGGAGGAGUGGACGGAGAUGGAGGGGAGGUCAGUAAUAGAGAGAGGACUUACAGCAUAAAGAGUCCUGAAACGGCAGACAUCGAAGACGGAAGGGGAGAGAAGCAAGGGAACAAAGAAAGAGGAGCAAAGGGCAGAAAAAAGAGGAGGAAGAAAAGGGGGAAGAGAGGGGGCGCACAGGCCAAGCUCAGCUCCAGCUCCAGUAUAGAGUCUCAGAGUCAGAUAGAGAUAAAGACACAGAGAGAACAAGUGACAGACCUGAACACCCAGUCAGGGACUGACUCAGAAGCCAAGGAUAAAACAGAAAGGGCAGACGUCCGUUCUCCAACCCAAAGAGAGGAAGCUGACGAGGACGCCAUGCAUCUACCUAGCCAGACAGAGUGGCAGACUAGGGAUGCACAUGGACCUGACUGUGAAGUCACCAAUUUGGACCCAAGUUAUAUGACUCCAGACUUCAGUCCAACAGAUGACAAGAGAACAAAUCUGACUGAAGUUACAGCUUUACAGACACCAGAAACGAAGGAAUUAUUGGAGGAUGAUGACCUAGAUUUUCAUGGGCUUGAUCAUUCUGACCUGAACUCUGCUGUCACUGCUUCACAACUUAGUCAAAUGGACACCAGAAAGGCAGAUAUAGAGGAAAUAAAAACUGUGCAACAGGUAAAUAUGGACACACUUGACCUUACAGAGCUGGAAUUAAAGGGGCUUGCCAGUCGGGUCCAAUUUACUGUGGAUAAUGUGGGGUCAAAGGCAUUGUCAGAAACUGAGGAUCUGACAGUUGCUGGUAAAGCUGUUACAUUCGUGGGCCACACAGGUUUGGUGGAAUCUAACUGUGCAAAGGAACUUCCUGUCAUACUUCCAGAUUGUACGGAAUUCACAAAGGACUCGUUUCUUGAGGAUUUUCCUGAAAAACAUACACAAAAUGUACAAUCUAUGGAGUCAAACAAACAAGUAAGACCUGUGAAUCCCAUGGGAAGACCUGUAGGAGUUAUGGAACCUCUGUGUGCCACAGAAGCUGGGGAUCUGCUGUUUAAAGGUAAAGCGGAUGUUUCACCACCACAAAUACGGGAGGGAUGCCCUGAGACAACUGGGAGGGAAAAUCUAGAGCAUUGUUUGGGCUGUGAGAUGCUGAGAGAUGAGCAGAGCAAGGAGGAAAAAAGAAAUGAGUUGUGGGUGGGUGAGGAGGAAGCAGGUAAGGGAAGAAGUAGGAGCGAUGAUUAUGACUGUGGGAUGGUGCAUGCUAAGGAGUUAUCUCCCAUGGACAGCGAACAAGAGCAGAACUAUAGUGAAGACCUAGUUGCCACAGCAGUAGCAGUUGUAGCAGUAGCAGUAGCAUCUGCCAUGGCUAGCAUAGAACUGAGCCAACAAUUAGCAAACAAUUGGUCAGAGAAUGAACAGUCAUUAAACCAGCUGGCAGAUGAUUUACUCAACAAUGAUCAGUCCACACAGCCGAUUAACAAAGAUAGAGAAUCCUGUCAACUGUUAGCAGCUGAGACAGGACACCAACCUGUAGAACAUUCACACAUUGUACCUACUAAUCCAUUUGCCUCUAAAGAACAAGCUGAUGUUGAAAUAUCACAGGAGUCUGAUUCUGUAGUGUUGCCUUCUACCACUGAGACAGAAAAUCUAUCAACAGCACAGCUAAGUGUUGACCAGCAGACUAACCUUGACCUGUCAGCACAUGGAGAUGCUCCAAGUUUACACCAACUUGACAAAGAGGACGUCCAGUCAGAAACUGCAGAAGUCUCUAAGUGUUUACAAUUUCAAGAAGAAGACAGCAAACUACAAGUUAAUAUGAAACCUUUGCCAGAAGCAAAUGAAAUUAUUACAACCGAGGUGGACAGUCAAAGUCACACGCAGGUAGAAAUCCCCCCCUGUCCUGUUAUAGACCCAGGACAACAUCCAGAGGUGUCUGACAUAUUUUGCCAUGGCUCUGAGGAGAAUCAUAGAGGCCCCCAAGAUCAGUCUGUCUGUCAGGAAGAGAGUGUGAUACAACAUGAUGAAGAUAAUAGUCACCCUUUAGAAUCCAUAACAACUGAUGGUGUCGUAGGAAGGCAGACGCAUGAGCAGGACAGUCUACACAGUUCAAAGUGUAAGGAACCUGAGAGCAUGUCAGACUCAGACCGUCAAACUGGAGAGCAUGAGAGGGAUCCACAGCUGGAUGGUCAGGUUAAAACACCAUGUGAAGGGGAGAUUCCUACUUUGGCGCAUACUUGUGACUCAACGCUUCCUGUUACCUCCUGGGACUUGACUCCUGUGGCCAUUCCCAGUCCAGAUGAAGCAACUGCCCCUGCGAAUGUGGAAACAGGUGAAUACCAGUCAUCCCAGUCAUUACCGGACAUGAGGCUUGUCUCUGCCAUCCCUCUUGAUGACAGCAGUAGCAUGUUCCAGAGGGAAGGUCGUGAGGCUGUGGCUGUGGAUCAUGCUCUGGAUGCAGUGGAUGGAUGGAAAGAGAGAGAGAAGAAAAAGAUGCAAAGGAAAGAGGAAGCAAUAGAAGAGAUGGUCAAAGUGGACAUCACAUCCAGAACAGCAGCUGAGGAAGAGUGCCAACAGACCAGGAAAGACUCAGACAGCACACACACACUGCAGAUCCAGAGGGAGAGGGAUGUUUUCUACCCUGUCCAGCCAUGCCCUGAGCCCAACACAGAAACGACAUGUACAGAUGUCCAUCCAGACAGGGAGGAUUGUGUGUCGGUGUGUUUGUUGCACAGAGACAAAGACAGUGUCAAAGUCAGUGUGAAACUGGAUGACAGUGUCUUCAAAAAGCCUAAAGAUCCCCCCUUCUGUGUUGAACACGAGGACAGAGGGGUUUGUGUUUCAUGCUCAACCACAAAUAAGGCAUUGACACAGGAAGCUCUCAAUCCCACUGAGGGCGCUUUGUCAGUGGGCACACCUGAUGAGGGGACCCCUCAGAGCCCCAGGCUGUCCUGGAAGUCAGAAACAGAGGACAGAGGAAGAGGAGAGACAGAUGAAGGAGGAGAGGAAGAAGAGAAGAAAGACCAUCUUUCAGAAACUCCUGUCUCCUCUGCCAUCUUGCAAGCCACCAUCCGUUCCUUGUCUCCACCACGUCGUCACAGCUGGGAGCUGAACAGGAACAACGCCACUGCAGACACUGACAUCACACAGAGCAGCUCACUGAAGAGUCUGUCAGGAGAGGUGAAGAGAGCUAAGCCCCCCCUUCACAGGAGAAGCUACAGCCUGGAGGGUCUAGAGGUGGAGAAGGGAUCAGUCCAGACUCAGUGUCCAAGCAUCAGUGAUCAUGAGGAGAGGUCUACUGGGACGAGUUUACAUCUGGACAGCCAGGAGAGAGGCUCAUUGGUUUCCCUCACUGAGGAGGAGCAGGAAAGAGACAGAAACAGCAUCGAUAGCCAGGAAUACAUCAAGAAAAGGGACCCAAAGGAUGAGCUACUAAGUGAAUGCCCCAGACAACAGAAACCAGAUGAGAACAAAGAGGUGGAGGAGCAAACAACAUGGAGGGACAAGCCACUACAUGGUGCAUACCACCGUCAGAUCGAGGAAGUGGCUGAUAUCAAGAAGAACUUCCAGUGGCUGUAG